AUGCUGCUGAAGAUGCCCCAGAAGCUGCUGAAGACUGCCCACUACAUAGAGCUGGGCAGCUACCAGCACUGGCCGGUGCUGAUACCCCAGAGGAUAAGACUGUACACCUUCGAACAAAUCCCCCUCUUUCUCAAAGAAAACCCCUACAUCACAGACGGCUACAGGGCUCACCUGCCAUCCAAACUCUGCCUGAGGAGUAUUUUUAUGUUGUCCAAUGAGACGGUGAAUAUCUGGAGUCACCUUCUGGGUUUCCUGCUCUUCUUCUCUCUGGGGGUCAACGACCUCUCCUCAGUACUGCCAGCCUCCGGAGCUAACAGAGAGGACUACGUCAUUUACGCCAUAGGACUGUUCUGCUUCCAGGUGUGCAUGUUGUGCUCUGUGGGGUAUCACCUGUUCUCGUGCCAUCGCUCAGAGAAGACCUGCCGUCGCUGGCUGGCGUUGGACUACGCAGGCAUCUCUGUUGGCAUCUUGGGCUGUUAUGUACCUGGAAUCUUUUACGCUUUCUACUGUAAUGCUUUUUGGCGACAGGUCUACCUGCUGACAGUGCUGUCCCUGAUACUGGCCGUCUUCUGUGCUCAGGUCCACCCUCGUUACCUCAGCAACGACUGGCGACGGAUACGGGUGACGAUAUUCUGCUGUGUGGCUGGCAUAAGUGUGAUACCUGCGUGCCACUGGGUCUGGCUCACUGGAGGAUUCACCUCUGAUGUUGUACAGCUGUUCCUGCCUCGUGUGUUAGUGAUGUACCUGAUAGCUGGGUCUGCCUUCCUGUUCUACGUCACCAAGAUCCCUGAACGCUAUUUCCCUGGCCAGCUGAACUACCUGGGUGCCAGCCACCAGGUGUGGCACAUACUGGUGGUGGUGAUGUUUUACUGGUGGCAUCAGACAGCUGUACACAUCAUGCACUUCAGGCACAGCCAGGCCUGCCCGACCCGGACCAGCAGCGGCUAAGUUUAACUGAUCGAAUUAAGUUAUGGGCCGGCAAUCGGUUGCAGGCCAAUAAUUGUCAGUAGAUAUCAGUUAAACUUCUCUCUCUCUCUCUCUCUCUCUCUCUCUCUCAAAGACUUCUUACCAGUUUGCUGUUGGUUAGAAGUUGCUACCUAAAGGGUUUUUCAACCACUAACUACGAGCAGCUCCUGACUAUAAGCUGCUAAGGUGUAAAAGCAGUCUGACGAUAGCUAUUAGCUUACACUGAACCAUCAGUUACUGGCCAGCUGUUAAAGGCCAGUAUCCUCUAUUAGUCUGCUGUCUCCAACAGUAGAUAUCAGCUGAGAGGAUUUAGGAGCUACUGUAAAUCUUAAAUUCUCUUAGCAAAAGCUGAAUUGAUGUCAAAAGUGAUGUAGCUACACCAAACUGAUCCCCCCUAAUGGACAGAAAAUAAUCCUUGACGUUGCACCAUAACCAUUAAGAUCAAUGCAUGAAGCAGGAAUUUAAAUUUAUUUGUAGAAACAGACAAGGGUUUGGUGUUUUCAUUGGGGAUCAUGUUAUCUCAUGGUUGAUUGUGAUUCCUUUUGUACAGAAGUAUUGAAAAACUAUAAGAUUUUCUUCCAACAUAAUAGCCUGUGUGAACAAUGACUUCUUUUGUGUCAAGUUUUGUUUUAUCUGUCAGUUCCUACAAGAUUAGAUUUUAUGCACAGAACUGGAAAUUCAGCAUUCGGACACUGUGAAUUGUCUGCCUCUGGGAGAAGCAAUGUCUCAACUCCUCCACAGUUUGAAGCUUUUUAACAAAUAGUUAAAGGUCAACCAACGAUCAAUCUGCAAUAUCUAAGCUGUAGAACUGAAAAAGAUCUUGCGUGAACCUUAUUCCCUACAGUGCAUUAAUUAUUUUAUCUUUAAUGUGUACUGUGUUGUCUUUGGAACAAAUAAGGUGGUGGUUUUGAAAAAGAAACAAACACUUUAACUCUUUACAGUGGCCAGUAUAUAUAACAUCAACAUGUUUAACCAUCAUUCCCUUCACUAUAAUUAUCAUUAUUAAAGUACUGGGUGUAAACUUUUCAGUAAACAGGAUGUGUCAUCACUAGGGGUGUGAGAAGCCAGAGUAAUUAUAACGACUAUGGCUAAAUCUAUUUAUUAUCUCCACCCCACAUCAGUCUCCUCCUGUUUGUUUAUUAGUUCAUUUGCCCAUCACAGCUUUCACUUAUAGGAACGAAAUGUAAACACACAGAAACGUGAAAUAUAAUAUAAGCAGAAUACAAUUCUGGCCAGUAAAUAAGUAUUAAAUUGACUCCUUUUCAAUGAUGUCAUACCAACAAUGCUGUGUGUGUGUGUGUAUAUAUAUAUAUUUAGUUAUAUUUCUAAAUCAUAAUUUUUCACUUGCUUUUUCUGGUAUGCACUUAGUUUUGAUUUUAUGUGGUCUGAAAUUAAUGCCACACAGCACAAUGGGGGUAAACAGAAUUUAGUUUAGGGAGCUCACAGCACUGAAAACUUACAUAUUAAAAAACUAUUCUAAAAUUUUUUAAGGACUAUGGGGUGACUUUGUUAGAAAGUGGUUUGAAAACCCAGGCAAAAAACUGAAACCAUCUGCAUUGCUGGACAUCACAAUGUGAAAAAUGUUUGUAUAUAAUUUGGAUGAAUUCACCCUUUAACAACAGCUUGAGUUGUGUGACAAAGAAAUUACAUUUCAGAGAGCGGUAGCACUUAAACUCUCACUGACUGUAACAGACGCAGGGGUUGCCAGAUGUCACCUCUUCUAUCAUAAAGUCUGUCAUUGUCUGCUUGAUGCUGUUGUUUAAAUAAGGCCAGUGUAAAGUGUUACAGGUACAGGUUUUUUUUUCUGCAGUACACUUUGGGACAGUUACAUAUUUUCAUGUUUAGUAUUAUAUUUUGUGUUUGUUUUUACACAAUAUCAUUCAUGUUUGGACUUAAUUUGCCUUAUUAUCUUUGAGUAUUUCUACUGUAUACACACUUACUGUUACAAUCUGUUUUUGGUCAAGAAGUGAACAUAAAUCAGAAAAAAAAUCAUCUCCACUCCGAUAUAAUCUUUGCUGUUACACCACAAAGCCAGUAUGGGUUUUUUGUCUUUUUUUUAAUGUAAUAACAAUUCAUUUUAGUUGAGAGCACUGUACAGGUGCUGCAAGAAAUGCCUUUAUUUUGCCUAUGUUUUAAUUUUUGAAUAUAUAUUAUAAACUGCUUGAUUUUUUUUUAAAUGAUCGCAUGAUUGUUUUAUCCUGUGUUGGGUUUUCCUUGAAUAUCAUUUUUAUGAUAAAACAGUGGCACUGAUUUACGAGAUGUAUAAUAUUUAUUUCAGUGCCUAUGUGAAAAUAUAUUUUUAAACAUUUUGAAUGAAUAAAGAAUGCUGGAGAAUAAA